AACAUGUCCAACGAAACAAACACUACCGAGCCCAGUACUCGCCCCCGAGCCGGUCUUGUCGCAAGUUCAAGGCCAGAUCCUCCUCAUGGCUACAGGUACACGUCUUACCCUAGUACAGGCCAUGCGAUCCAAGGUCCUUGGAACGAUCCACAAAGUUCUCUCCGACGACAAAUCAUCGAAGCACUUGGAGACAUGAAGUGGUUCGACAUCGCUGUCCUUCGUUUCGGAUACGCAGAGUCCUAUGAAGCUCUGGAAGAUCGAUCAACAUGUCCCGUCACUAUACUCAUCUCAGUGAGGGUGGGCUCAAUAACAUCUGAGCAGGGACACGCAGCGGUCCUCAAAUGCAAACAAAUUCUUGACGAAUUCGAUCUCUCCGAUGUUGAAGUCGACAUCCAAGAGGCUAUGAAUUUGGGGUCGGCAUGGUGGUGA